UUUCAGAAAUUCUAGAGUUGCCUCUACCUGAUGUGAGAACAUGUCAACUCUAGUACUAAAACACAUGCAUUAAAGCAUGAACUAUUAAGAACGUAAAAAACUCAAGUUAUAGACAGAGGUAGAAAGUAUUAACUUGCAUGUGUUAACGCACAGCUUUUGCUAUGUCAGUAUGGUUCUCGCUAAAAAAGAUGACACAAACGACAAACGCACAAAACAAAAGGUCGCGUCAUAAAAAACAGAUUCGAACAGUCCCACACUAAGAUACUUUGCUACAUUCCAUAUGGUCCCACUGAAAAAAAGACAUAAACUACACCAAAUGAUAGGCCUCCUGCUCCUGGUAAGCUCUUCGUCAGAUAUGCACAUUGGUUGUUUCUUUCCAAUCAUCAAAAGUUGUAAUCUGCUGGUGAAAAAAAGGCACAAAUGAAAUCAGCGCAUGUCGUGUAAAAACAAAACUUUGCUGCUGUAUAUGUGUGUCAUACUGGUAGAAACAUAACACAUGUAAGAAAACAAAGAAGAAACAAGAAACUUUUGAGGAAAAAGAAGAUAUGAAUUGCAUCUGUUUAAGUUUAUAGUUGCCCAAACAAGUGUUUAUAGUUGCUCCUUUAUAUUCUACAACUACUUUGUUCAUAAAAGGUCGUGCAUGCUCUUUGCUGCUGUAUAUGUGUGUCAUACUGGUAGAAACAUAACACAUAUAAGAAAAACAAAAGAAUAAACAGGAAACUUUUGAGGAAAAAAGAAGAUAUGAAUUGCCUCUGUUUAACUUUAUAGUUGCCCAAACAAGUGUUUAUAGUUGCUCCUUUAUAUUCUACAACUAGUUUGUUCAUAAAAGGUCAUGCAUGCUUUUGUGGUGGGCUAACACACAAAUUGUUGCAGGUUGAUUGUUCAUGAUGAUUGAUCUGAAUGAACCACCGCUUGACGUAGAGUCCAUCAACAUUUCAGUCGAGUUGGGUGUACCCUUCUUGCAUGCAGGGGGUGAACAGGGACAUCAACAACUGGAGGAGGAGGUUGGUGAGUCUCCUGACCCCAAUAUUGGAUCUAACACUACUCAUGUCCCGGACAAACGUGUUGCCACUCCCCCACCUAUGGUUGCUCCUGCUAAUGCUUUAGUUCAUGAGGCACGUGAGUUGGAAGAUGAAGAAGCUGGAUCACAGCCACAACAACCUUAUGUUGGCAUGCGCUUCGACACUUUAGAGGAUGCGAGGGAACACUACAAUCGCUAUGCUUUGAUGGAGGGCUUUUCAAUCAAGUCAAAUACGUCUUACAGGUCGGCCUACACAGGUGUGUUGGAAAAACAUCAAUUCUGCUGUAACAAGUUCCGCAAACCAGUAGAGAGGGUUGGGAUCCCGGAUGUUCCCUCGUCGAGCAAAAACACUACAUGUCCAAGCUCACCUGAACAAGAUGUUGAAGAUGAUGUCGAGGAACACACUUUCAAGAAGAAGAGGAAACGGGAAACUGUGAAGCGAACAAAAUGUCGUGCUAAGAUGGUGGUGAAGCUUAAAGAUGACAGAUGGGAGGUUAUCACUUUUAUUGUAGAUCAUAACCAUCCACUGAUUGAGAAGCCAUCGCUUUCGAAAUACCUCCGUUCCCACCAAGGAAUCCCGCCGGAACAGAAAAAACUACUGACUCACCUAAAUGACUGCAACUUCACAGCAGGAAAAAUGAUGAUGUUAAUGUCAUCAUACUACGGCUCGGAGUUGAUUGUUCCGUACACAGCUAAAGCCAUCCAUAACCACUGUUCGAAGCUCAACUCCCCAACUAAAGACAUUGACAUUGAAGAAACACUAAACUACUUUUGCAAGGUGAUGGAAAAUGACCCAGGAUUUUUCUUUAAAUGCAAGACAGAUGCGGAAGGCAGGACAGAAAACUUGUUUUGGGUGGAUGGUGCGGCACGAAAAGCAUACGCGGAGGCUUAUCAUGAUUGCGUGUCAUUUGAUGCAACUUACCUCACGAACAUGUACAAUAUGCCGUUUGCCCCUUUCAUUGGAAUCAACAGACAUGGGCAGUCAAUAAUGCUCGGGUGUGGAUUUGUCCGGCAGGAACUAGCGUCAAGUUAUGACUGGUUAUUUGAUGCUUUCCUAGAAGCAAUGGAUGGUUUGGCUCCGGACAACGUCAUCACGGACCAAGAUGUUGUUAUGGCACAAUCUAUCAAGAGGAAGUUCCCGGCAACGAUUCACCGUUGCUGCCGUUGGCAUAUAAUGAAGAAAGCACAAGAGAAGCUUGGCCCCGUGUUGGCUAGGAACCCAGAUUUGGUAAAAGACUUCAAUGAAUGCAUUGACUUCAGCUUCACCCCGGCUGAGUUUGAAAGGAAAUGGGCUGCACUUCAAUUGAAAUAUGAAGGUCUUAUGCAUGGUCACUUUGAGAAACUGUAUGAGGAUCGGGCUACAUGGGUGCCGUGUUACUUCAAAUUCAGGUUCUUCCCUUUCCUUCAGUCAACGCAACGUAGCGAAGGGUUCAAUGCUGUGUUGAAGCGCUAUGUGAACCCACACAAGUCAAUUCUCAACUUCGUCAAGCAAUAUGAGAAAAUUCAGGUACACAUACUCGUGAGGGAGGGCGGGAACGACUACCGGACAGAACAUCUAGAGGCACAAAGAUGGUCGUGUUUCCCCAUUGAGGGGCAUGCCUACAAAGCAUACACUAGGGACAUCUAUGUGAAGUUUAGAACUGAGUUUCAGAUGAUUGGCCAGUACGAUGUGCGUCCUGCUGGAAUCAACUUCUAUUACCUUGAGCCCAAUACAGAAGAAGUCCUAGGGUAUGGCUCGAGGAAGUACCUAGUCGCAGUGAGACCAGAGCCAGCUAUCUACGAUUGCGAAUGUUGCAAGUGGCAUAGAGACGGCAUGCUUUGUUGCCAUGUCUUGAAAAUCUUCACACACCUUGGCGUUAAUGAGAUACCUGAACACUACAUCAAGCACCGCUGGACGCAACAUGCAGUACCAAGUGCACCACCGCCACCUAACGAGGGCCCUCCGCAUGACUUGCCCGCUGAGUCAGAGAACCAAGUUCGGCAAGUGACUCUGACAAUGGAUUUUGCAAAGCUAGCCAAGAAGGCAAUGACUAGUGAUGAGGCAGCCGCUGCAGUUAGGAGGCACAUGAAAGCAGCAGAUACUGAGGUUACUAAGCUGAAUAAACUAAGGAAGAAGAGGCUAAAGGCAGCCCGGGAAGCGGCUGGUGCUAGGGAAGCAUCAAACCCUAAUGCCUCAAGUACUUCAAACCAUCCUCCUGCCCCCUUGCUCCUAUGGAUCCACCUCGUUCAGUCACGAAAGGGCGCAGCCGCAGCAAGCGCUUCAAAUCAGCCCUGGAACUACACCCUAAGAAAAAGAACAAGUGCAGCAUUUGUGAAUCAAUCGAUCACACUGCUGCGACGUGCCUAGGGAAGCUGAUGUGAUCAUUACCACAUGAAGGGAAUGACCCCCCGGGCUUGCAAAACUAGCGGAAAGUAAGGGAAAAAAAGAGCAAACAGUGUCCUGGUAGAUGAAGCAAUUGAGGUCUGGUUUCUAAGCUAAUGUAGAAGGGAAAUCAAGCAACUGCUAGCUUCAAGAAAAAAGCAAACGAUGAAAUCAUUUGCAUGGAUUUCUUGUAAUUUAUGUGUUUUCCUGGCUUUAAAUUCACAAAUUGGAGACUGUGUGGAGGUAGAUGCUUGACAUUUGUGCUUAUAUUCCUUACUCGUAAAACAUGAAAAAACCUAUGAGCGCUUGUGAUUUA